AUGUCUCAGCCCACGUUCUCCCCCACGUUUGAGAGGAUACGCGCCGUGGAGGUCUUGCCCGCGCCCACGUACUCACCAGCGCGAACUGCAAGGGCCAUUGCUCCGGAAUCCGCACUCUCGUCGUCCGAGACUUUCGGCUCCGAAAUCAAGACGCUUCUUGUGUCCCGCUCAAAUCCUGGCUCCGCCGCGAGUCCUUCGACGAACACCGGCGUAACUCCACUCCCGCACAUUGACCGUCGCGGCUUACUUGAAGCUAUUGGUCCCUGGCCCACCGAAGAUGAGGCGCAUGCGAUGUUGGACACUGUUGUGUUCAAUGUUGGCAUCUCGCAGCAAUUAUUUGAUGUCCGAGCGUUCUCGGAUAACCUCGCCGUGCUGUACCAAGAAACCAGCGCAAAUUUGAGGCUUACUGAGAUCUGGAUCGUGGAAGCCCUUUUGGUAUUUGCUGUGGGUAGGCUACUCCAAAGCAGGGAUGAUGAAAAUGGGGAUCUUCCAGGGACGAGGUUCUUUCAGGAGGCAGUCAAGCGGACUCCUUUGCUGAGUGAUUUGAGGAAGCAUGGUAUCGUUGGAGUCGAGGUGAUGGCUUUAACAGCUCUUUACCUCCAAAUUGCGGACCGGAAAGAUGAUGCCUACUUGCACUCUAACACCGCGCUGAGGCUCGCCAUCAGUCAUGGCAUGCACAGGGCAAACUCAGCGCCAUGUCUAAGGCGAUCAGAUAAUGUGCAUCGAAAUAGGCUUUGGUGGUCUAUCUACAUGCAGGAAAGGAGAUUAUGUGCAGCUGGCGGAUAUCCCAUGUCGAUUGAAGACUACGCCAUCACCACAGCCCCGCCAUACGAAAUUCUCGGCUUUCCAUCAGCAACAGCAUUGGGCGUCAACGUCAAGACAGCAAGACUGACUGGGAAAAUCACCUCAACCAUCUACUCUCAGAAAGACGACCCCGAGACCACUUUCAUCAACAACGUACAAAAUAUCCUUCACUCUCUCUACGAGGUCGAGAAGACAAUGCCGUCUGAGUAUUUCAUGGAGAUCAGGCCAGCAGGCGUACUGGUUGCUGGGCGUCCGUUCAUGGACGCACCAACCACAACUUCAAGGACUAGUUCGAGUCUGUAUACAUCUGUUUAUAUGGCCGUCAUACAUACCGUCAGACCCAUUCUGCUGUAUAUGGCCCGCAACAGCCGGGAUCCAGAACGCGAAGACGCUCGAAACGAAGUCAGCCCAGCUUUAGUACGCCUCGCUGAGAUAUGUGUCGAGACAGCCAGUAAGACUCUCGUCAUUCUCCAAGAACUCCGAAAGAAAGAGAUUCUAGCAAAGAACGCUUUCCAUGAUCUGGAUGCUACCUUCUCAGUGGGGUACAUCUUCGUGCUAGUUGAGGCUAUCAACCCGGGGAAGAAUCUGGGUUUCAAGGGAAUUGACCGGUCCAGAUCUAUCCUAAGAUAUCUAGUCGGUCUGGGGAACCGUGCAGCGGCGAAUCGGCUCGCUGAACUGGACCAGAUGUGUGUGCACCUAGCGUUACCUGUGCAGCAUGGUACUGGGCAAACACCCCAGCAGUCAUUGACGGACAUGUUGGCAAAGCCUUUCUCGUUUGAGAGCGGCUAUGGGGUUGUUGAGCAGACCACGGCUUCACUCAAUGCUAUGGAGAGGCCGCGUUCGCGAUCCGGAGAUGUGGACGGGGCUCAGGCCUGUGGUGAGGAUGAUCAGCAGAGCUUUGGAUUCAGCGGCGCGGACUUAGCUAGCAUUCCGUUAGAAGGGGAGAAUAGCCUAUACUGGGUGUAUCAUACACCUGGCUUCUCGUUCACGGGGGUUGAGCAGACGGAUUGGGAGGCAUUGGAGAACCAGAUUCCGUGGGGAAACCAGCCGUGA